CACCGUCAUACCUCAUUAACCUAGUGAACUACUGACGUUUCUAAUCUAGCCGAAAAAUAACUUGAAUUCCUCUGUGAAAUUCGAUAAUCAAUGCUCGCUCUUUUUUCACCUGAAAUUUGAUAGUGUUUAAUUACCGCCGUGUCGCGUACUUCGACCUACGACACCUGUCUAGGAGUUCUCACUCCUACAAUACUUGUUGUACCUGCACAGACUGCGCGCACUUGCAGUUAGCCUGGAAUAGCAAGUUCGACAUGCAAUUUACAGAGGAGCAAGCUGCGGAGGUCAAGACAUGGGUAGUGAAGAGGCUGGAAGACAUUUCUGAUGCCGACGCCGAUGUUCUUGCUGACUACGUGCUUGCACUUAUUCGAUCAGAUGCUCCGGAUGCAGAAAUCCGCCAAGCGUCCAUUGAAAACUUGGAGGACUUCCUGAAAGAAAAUACUGUCCAGUUCGUGGAUGAGAUCUUUGCGAAGUAUGGCCCCAAGACCGAUGCACCGGUUCCCGUCGCACCUCAGCAAGCCCAGCCCCAACCUCAAUUUCAAACUGCUCCCUCCACCGCAUCGCCUCAGCAGCUUCAUGCUUUUGAUGGACAAACUGCCGGGUAUGGACCGAAGGGAAACCAACAAGGAGCUUGGCAGAGCCCACAAACCUCGCGAAAGCGCACAUAUAACGAAGGUUUCCAGCAGGACGAGCAGCAUGGAGACUCGCAAAGAGGCGGAAGGUCAUUCAAAACUCCUCGUACACGUCGAGGCGGUGGUCGUGGUGACCGAAUGAAUGGAGGCAGGGAUGGCACAGGCCUAAACCAGUUUUCACAGGGUAUACCUGGGUUUGCUGGAAUGCCACAAGGGUUCCCCGGGUUUGACCAAAACGAUCCGAUGGCUGCGAUGAUGGCUUUACAGAGUAUGGGAUUUCCUCAGAUGCCAGGCCUUCCUCCGAUGCCGAUGCCGGGUCAACAAGGCGGCGAUCAAGCAAAGUCGGAUGAACCUUGUCCGUUUUAUGAAACCAAUGGUAUUUGUUACAUGGGAGCGGCGUGUCCAUACAAGCACGGACAAGGCGCAGUUGCUGUCUCUGAAAAGAACGAAUAUGACCCCACAACUGCUCACAUUUAUGAUGCUCAACGCGGUAAAGAUACAAACCGAGGUCGAGGACGCGGUCGGGGCCGUGGCGACCGUGGAGGAAUGCCGUCAAGGGGGCGUGGAGGACGUUCGGAGUUUUCUCUUGUAGGCCCUAGUGAUGAUAAAUCGAUCACUACCGUCGUCGUUGAAAAUAUCCCCGAGGAAAAGUACGACGAGCAAGUUAUACGAGAUUACUUUUCUGAGUUCGGAAGCAUUGCCGAAUUGGAAAUGCAAGGCUUCAAGAAGAACCUCGCUCUCAUCAAAUUUGAAGACCAUGACUCGGCUCGCCGUGCUUGGGCUAGUCCCAAGGCUAUAUUUGAUAACCGGUUUGUGAAAGUUUACUGGCACAAACCACAGAAGAAGCCCGAUGCAAACGGCCAGCAAACCAGUCAGGAGCAGGACACACCCAUGUUUGAUAAAGAUGCAUUUGAUGCCAAGCAAGCAGAGGCUCAAAAGGUGCAUGAGGAGAGGAUCCAGAAGCGCAAGGAGGCUGACAAAACACGUCUUGCACUUGAGAAACAGCGCGAGGAGCUCAUGAAAAGACAAGAGGAAGAAAAAGCCAAGCUUUUGCAGCGGCUCGGAAGUGCCUCCGGUGAAAUUCAGACUGAAGAUAAUGACCCAAAUGGAGCAAGGACAGCUAUGGAUGGUGAUGCUAGCGAGCAGACAAAAUCGCUUCGUGCUCAGCUUGCGACGCUAGAAGCCGAAGCUAAGAGCUUGGGCAUCGAUCCAAAUGCCAGUUCUCAGUCAUUUAGGGGCCGUGGACGUGGAUUCGGUGGAUAUCGUGGGCGAGGACGCGGCUUCGACCCUUCAUAUCGAGGCUCGACUCGAGGCGCGUAUCGUGGACGUGGAGCGCCCCGAGGUGGGCGUGGCGGAGUCCUUCGGUUAGACAAUCGUCCAAAACGGGUUGCCAUAUCAGGAGUUGGAUUCGAUCCAGAAAAGGACGAGGCAUUGCGGCAAUAUCUCAUUGGUAUUGGUGAAUACGAAUCAAUCACCCCAAAUCCCGAUCAGGCCGGCUCGAUGGUCGUCACUUUUAAGGAGCGCUACAUUGCUGAGAAGCUCAUGUUCGGUACAACCGAAAUCCCAUCUGUUGGCAAAGUCGAGCUUUCAUGGGUCGCAAAUCCAUCGCCUGCUGUUGCAGAAAAGCCGAGUCAUGAUACCGCCAUGGAGAAUGCCGACGGUACAAACGGCCAAGGAAAUGCAGGCGAGGUAGACUACGAUGUUGCCGAGGAUGAAGAUAACUGGGGUAUUGGGAUCUAAUUGACGAAGAAGGAUGGGGCAAAUACUUGGGAUUGAAUAGAGGGAUAGUCAUCCCUGUAUAGUGUGCGCAAAUGCAUUAUUAGGCGCGAGGUUGAGCAGUGAGUGUGUAUACCAUUUACGAAGGAUUGGCGUUAAGGAAUCAUUAAGUUUCUAUUUUUUUGUAUAAAAUUAGUAAUUUCAUGAUUAUGUAGUCUAAGCUAUGUAAUAUACAUUGUCAAAUAUCGAAUAGGAUGAAACGAUCAAUCGAAAUGCUGCGUUGAUGCAUUAACAACAUUGCAUAUGUGAACCGUAG